GAAAGCCUCUUGUUUACUUAGUUGACUUCAGUCAAAGAAAGUAGAAACGCGGAUCCACGAAAGUAAGAUCUGUUAACACUUUCCUUUUGUUUUUCCCUUCAAGAGAUCACAAGUCAUGGCCAUAUAGCAAGAGAGACAACAUACAACACCAUUUCUUUCUCUAUUAACUCAAUUCCCACACCACCCAUAACUUAACAUACACAUCAUGCCACUUUCCGGUGCUUCUUCUUCUUAUUCUCAAGCAUCUGUCACUCAUCAAUACGAUGUCUUUAUCAGCUUCAGAGGUGAGGACACGCGUAACGGCUUCACCAGCCAUCUUCAUUCUGCUCUCCGCAGAAAUCAGAUCGAGACCUUCAUAGAUUACAGAAUCCAGAAAGGAGGGGCCAUCUGGAACGAACUUGUUGAGGCCAUCAGAGACUCAAACUUGUUUCUUGUUAUCUUCUCUGAGAAGUAUGCUUGCUCAAAGUGGUGCUUGAGAGAGCUGGUGGAGAUCAUGGAAUGCAAGAAGAAGAAUGAAAAUGUGAUUGUGAUUCCAGUGUUCUACAGAAUAGAACCCACACAUGUUCGCAAGCAGAGCGGAACUUACCACACAGCAUUCGCUGAGCACGAGAGAUCUUUGGAGCGUAGCGUUGUGCAGCAAUGGAGGACUGCACUCUUUGAAGCUUCCAAUCUUUCUGGCUUCCAUUGCGAUCAUCACAGUGGUGGAGAACAGACACUGAAGAAGAGAUAAAAAGAAAGCUCACUCCAAAAUCAGAGAACAAUUUUAUGCAGUGCUAAUGGAAAACUUAAAUGCUGCUCAUUAUAGGGGAUUUAUUUCUUGUCAUCUAACAAUUGUGUUGUUGUGAUGUGUGGAUAUGGGACUGGCAUAAAAUGCUAUAUAUUGAUAUGUUUAUUGGUUUGUCUUUCUUUUACCCCACCUUAAAUGUUAAGAGACUUUUGUUCUAUGGGAGCUUUGAUAAAAAACUAAAUUAAAGUACCGGUGAUUAUAUGUUGAUA